AUGGCUGGACACGGAUGGUGGAAAUAUUAUAUGUGGAUUUAUAUCUUCACCUACAGGUUUAUAUUAUCAUCAGCCAAAUCACUGGACACCAUCAUCUGGAGCUCUCAAAACCUCAAGUUCCAGAAUGGCAAAGGUCUGGUGAUUUUUCCUGAUAUUGGGGACAAGUUGGAUAUUAUCUGUCCUAAAGCAGACAUGAGCCAGCCGUACGAGUAUUAUAAGCUGUAUCUGGUAAAGAAAGAUCAGGCGGAGGACUGCAGUACUGUUCUGGAUCCAAAUGUGCUGGUCAACUGCAACAAACCAGAGAAGGACAUCAAAUUCACCAUCAAAUUCCAGGAGUUCAGUCCAAACUACAUGGGCCUGGAGUUCAAGAAGAACAUCAAUUACUACAUCACCUCCACGUCAAACGGCUCUUUGGAAGGCUUUGAGAAUCGCGAGGGAGGCGUCUGCAAAACUCUCUCUAUGAAGGUUAUCAUGAAGGUUGGACAGGACCCAAAUGCAGUAGAACUAGAGCCACAGCAGACUGAACGGCCGAUGCUUGAAGCAGGUGCUGAUGUUCCCUCUGACACAGACCACGACAGAAUGCCAGGAGCAGCAAACACAAACAUGAUUAAUCAAAAUCCCAGCGACAGUGAUGAUGGCAUUCUGGGGUCUAAGAUCGCCGUGUUCUCUGCCAUCGGUGCUGGUUGUGUCAUCUUUCUCAUCCUCAUAAUUUUCCUGGUCAUUCUGCUCAUCAAGAUUCGCAAGCGCUCACGGAAGCCCACGCAGCCCCGAUCGACCGCCCUGAUGCUCAGCACCCUCACCAACCCCAAGCUGAUGGGCAACGCCGGCUCCGAGCCCAGUGACAUCAUCAUUCCCUUACGGACAGAAAACAAUUACUGCCCACACUAUGAGAAAGUGAGCGGCGAUUACGGUCAUCCGGUCUAUAUUGUACAGGAAAUGCCGCCACAAAGUCCGACCAACAUCUACUACAAGGUAUGA